CAUAAAAUGUUGGGAGAUGACGGGUGUCUGUCGUAAUUUCACAAAAAUACCCAUUUUGUUCAACUAUUUUAGUUACGAAAAUAUUUUGUGACAAGACAUUGUGAGUUUUCGUGUGUGUCUGUGAACAAUUUGUGUGUUUUUAUUAAUUUUGACAUACGUUUUUCACUGUAUCCGCUGCUCAAAAUAAUUUGAUAAAAACGAGCCAAUUAAAACAAGACUGAAAUACAUAAAAUUAUGUAGAAAUAUAUACAUUGACUAGAAUUAUAAUAUACAUUCCAACUGAGUACGUUUCGUACAUUAUAUUAUGACAAUUGGUGAUUAGACACAAGAUGGCGACUCCUGUCAAGUUGAAGAUUGAAGAGCGGGAUGGAGUUGAGGACAAGUUGUUGGAGGAGAACCAGGUGUUGAUCGUGCCAGCUCAACAGCACGAUGGGCUGGUCGCGGCGAAGUCGUCGAAAAAAGUGAAGCUCCCGGAGGACUCGGCGGGUGUCGGCGGCGGCCGGUUCACGAUCGGUCCCGCACCCGAGCGGGACUGGGAGAUGGUGCCGCCAGACGGCAAGUGGGGCUGGUGCGUGCUCGUAGGAGCAACAUUAGUGAACAUCCUCAUCCCCGGUACGAUCAAAUCGUUUGGAGUACUCCUGGUGGAGUUCAACGAUGUUUUCCAAUCGAGUGCGUCCGCAUCGUCCGGGAUCGUAGCUCUGUGCUACUUCCUGUACAGUAGUCUGGGUCCUUUAUCAUCGAUUCUCUCAGUGAAGUGGUCGUAUCGGACGGUGACGCUGAUCGGCGGCAGUUUUGCUGCCUUCGGAAUGAUAUUCAGUAGCUGUGCUUUUUCUAUCACCUAUUUAUAUUUUAGUUUCGGCGCAAUGGUGGGUACAGGCGCGGGCCUAGCGUUCCCUCCUACCGUGUACAUAGUAACGUCCUACUUCGUGCGUCUAAGGGGCCUCGCCAAUGGCAUCUGCAUGUCCGGGAGUGCGUUUGGAAGUAUCAUACUGCCACCGGUACUCAGAUAUCUCCUGGAGGAGUAUGGUUACAAGGGCGCGGUCCUCGUUCUGGGCGGUAUAAUGCUGAACGUUUGGGCGGCCGCGUUACUCUUCCAACCAGUUGAGGAGCAUAUGGUGAGAAAAUACAAGGAACCAGAAGAAGACGAGGAUUGUCCGCAGUUGGAGCCUUUCAUCGAAGAAGACAUAGGCGACUUAGAAGAAUCAGAAAACCCCAAACUGACAUUCACACCAGAAGUAGACACCCCAGGCGACAUGCCCAACGGAUCACCGCCGAUCUACAAGAACCAGUCUAACGCGACCCUCGACGAAGGCAACAAGCAAGACUUCGCGAGGUCAGCAAGCGCUGUGCAGGUAACAUCCAAGGAUGUCGAAAGAAAUAGGAAGACCACACCAGCUUCGUCCAGACACGGACUCCAACAUAUGUCCAGCAAAAAUCAUUUACCGAGUAAUCCGUCUUUACUAGAGUCCGUACCUGAAGGAAAGAGUUCCAGAGUCAAUUCUCAAGAAGCGUUUGGUAAGAAAUUGGGGGUACCGAAAACCCCAAAAAGGAGUCCUUCAACAUCAAGUUUUCAAUACAUGUCGACCCCUUUCCAUGGGUCCACGCUGUCAGCCUUCGAGAAGCCAAGCGAAUUCGCUUCACAAUUCAGUUUAAAAUCCGUGACAGAUAGUUUAGCACCAAUCAGCUAUUGCUGUGGAUGCAAAAAGCGUUCGAAAGAAGACGACUCGAAGAAAGAACCAAGCAAAUACUUCGAUAUCCAAUUACUCAAAGACCCAAUCUAUUUGGUUAUAUUAAUAUCAAAUUGUACUUGCGCGAUAUCUUACACAAACUUUAUAAUUUUAGUACCAUCUUACGCUAAGGAGUGUGGUUUCGAUAAAUCUUUGGGUGCGUACCUCUUAUCAAUAAUUUCCGCGCUUGAUUUGGUUGGGAGAAUCGGUGGGUCAGCUCUAUCGGACUUAGUAUUAACACCUAAGCGUUAUUUCUUUAUUUUUGGAUUGCUCUUAUCCGGUAUUAGUUUAUCCAUGAUACCUUUGGUGUCCAGUUACUCUGCGAUAAGUGCUUUCUGCUCUAUUUUCGGUAUCGCUUCAGGAAUUAAUGUUGGUGUAACUGCCCUAGUUAUGACAGAAAUGUUGGGUACUGAGAGACUAAUGUCGUCAUACGGUAUAAGUUUAUUCGUUAACGGUAUUUUGCAGUUAGUAGGACCACCGGUAUGUGGCCUGUGGUUUGAGUAUACGAAAUCAUAUAAAUCUCUUUUUGUGACCCUCGGUUUUAUAUUAAUAUUCGGAGCCGCUCUGUGGGGCUUCGUUCCCUUUAUACACAGAAGAAGAAGGAUAGCGCAGAGGAAUAAGGACAGUGGUAUCGAUAAAGCGUAGUUUUUAUCGAUAAAUAUUAAUGGAUCUAUCGAUAGAAUUACGGCGGUGUAUUAUAGAAGUGAAGUGCCACUUUUUAUAUGUAUGUGUUAAUCAUGAAAGCAAUUUGAAUUUAAUUGAAGAUUAAAGUUUAAUAAUGUUUGGUCAUAUUUUAAAUGUCGUUUCCGUGGGAUAAAUAAAAUGUCUUUCCUUUUAGAAAUGAAUUUUCUAUCUAAAUAUACAUGUUGUACCAAUUUUGAUUAGAUAUUAACUUUUACACAACGCCAUCUAGUCUCAAACUAAGCAAAGCUUGUAUUAUGAGUACUAGACAACUGACAAACAUAUUUCAGUACAAAUAUUCGGGAUUAUUACCAAAGCCUUUUAUCCUGAGUGGGAAUUGAACCCACGACCUCGGGUAUAGUAGUCAGAGCCUAUAUUCUUACUUACAUCGAUAUUUAAAAUAUGACAAGAAACUAUAUUACUUUUACACUAAAAGUGACUUCUCUUAAAUAAACCAAUUAAAAUUCAGAAGUAGAUUUAUAAAAACUUUUCUAAACAUAUAAAAAGUGUAUGUUGCCUUAUAGCAUAUUUUCUACUUUUUUAUGAAACUAAGAGCCUUAAAACCUCAAAUUUAUACUCUGUCCGUUCUACGAAGAACUUUUUGACAGGACUUAAAAUUGUUCGAAAAGUGUCGAGAAACAUGUUGCUGAUUUAAUAUAAAUAAUACAGUAAUACCCUGUAUACGUCCCACUGCUGGGCACAGGCCUCUUCCCAUAUAGGGAAGG